CCGGCUGGCCCCGGGCGGCGCGUCAGCAGCGGCAAAGAUGGCGGUGUUGGGAGGUUGUCUGCUGUUGCUGCAGCUUCAGCUCCUCGUCGUCGGCUGCGCGGCCUCCGAUGUGCCGGCCCGCCGCUUCGAGUACAAGUACAGCUUCAAGGGACCCCACCUGGUGCACAGCGACGGCACCAUCCCCUUCUGGGCGCACGCUGGCAAUGCAAUACCUAGUGCAGACCAAGUCAGGAUAACCCCAUCAUUGAAAAGUCAAAAAGGAUCUGUUUGGACAAAAAACAAACUUAGCUUUGAAAAUUGGGAAAUUGAAGUUACUUUUCGUGUGACAGGAAGAGGAAGGGUUGGAGCUGAUGGACUGGCAGUCUGGUACACAGCAGGUCAAGGCUUAGAUGGUCCAGUUUUUGGAGCAGCUGACUCAUGGAAUGGACUUGGCAUAUUUUUUGACUCCUUCGAUAAUGAUGGAAAGAAAAAUAACCCAGUAAUACUUGUUGUUGGAAAUAAUGGAAAUCAACUUUAUGAUCAUCAGAAUGAUGGCGCAACACAAGCGUUGGGUUCGUGUUUAAGGGAUUUUAGAAACAAGCCUUACCCUGUAAGAGCUAGAAUAAUCUACUACAGAAAAACAUUGACUGUAAUGAUACAUAAUGGCUUUACUCCAAAUAAUGAUGAUUAUGAACUUUGUGCCAGAAUAGAAAAUUUGGCACUUCCAUUUGAGGGUUAUUUUGGAAUCUCUGCAGCAACUGGGGCCCUUGCAGAUGACCAUGAUGUCUUGUCUUUUCUGACAUUCAGACUUUUUGAGCCUGGCCAAACCAUUCCACCUGCUGAUUCAACAAUUCCUCAAGAAGAAAAGGAGAAAUACAAAGAGGAGUAUGAAAAUUUCCAACAAGCCCUUGAUAAAAAGAAAGAGGAAUUCCAAAAAGAUCAUCCUGAUAUACAAGGAGAGCAAGUAGAUGACUUGUUUGAAAGUGUGAACGAGCGGGAGUUAAGACAGAUCUUUGAAGGCCAGAACCGAAUCCACCUUGAAAUCAAGCAGUUGAACAGGCAACUCAACAUGAUUUUGGAUGAGCAGAGAAGAUAUGUCUCUCUCGUAAGCGAGGAGCUGUCAAAGAAGGGAACUAAUGUUGCACCACAGACAGGACAGCUACCUCAAGCAGAACUGGACAGUAUUGUGAGAUACCAGCAAGAGGUGCUUAAAUAUGUUGGUGAAUUGAAGAAUUCGGUAACUAAUGCUCUGAGUCAAGCAGCUCAGCUUCCAGGUGGUGCAACUGGAGGCUAUGAAAUGGCUCAACACUUCAGUGACAUCAAAGAACACCUUCAUAUAGUGAAAAGAGAUCUUGGUGCAUUGGUACAAAGAAAUGUAAAUAUUGAGAAGCCUAAAUGCCCGGAAUUACCCCCAUUUCCAUCAUGUUUAUCUACAACUCAUUUCUUCAUGUUUGUGGCCUUUCAAACGGUAUUGUUCAUUGGUUAUAUAAUGUAUAGGAGCCAGCAAGAAGCAGCCGCAAAGAAGUUCUUUUGAUGUUAUUGUUCUUAGUUUUCACUUUGUUAGUGUCCUAGGAUGAAACAAAGGAAAACUGUAAAUGAAAUUUUUUUAAAAAAUAUUUUUCAACAAACUAAGUUAUUGUGGGAUGUUAUUUCCUUGAAUUACAAAAGUUAUUUUGUGCAUACAAAUUAUUUUUCUACAGCUAAAGAUGAAGCUGUGGGCAGUUAAUUUUGUUGAAUUCUGCAUUAUGGAGUUACAAUGUUACAGAAGAAUGACAGAUGUUUACAUGAUAAGUAAAGCAAUAACUAAGAAUGCCAGUUUAUGUUCUUUGGAGAUGUUUGCUAAAUGCGUUAAUGAGAACUAGAUAAAAAUUCUUGGGUGCUCAUAACCAUUGUUUGAUUUUACAACCAUACAUUGCUUCCUUUGUGCCUUUUUAAAAGUUUCAUAGUUCAGAUUACACCCUUCUCUAACCUUGUUCAUCUUGGCUUUAUUUCAUGUAACUCUGUUUUGACUGUUAAUGCAUUUUUUCAUGAAUCUUUUCUUGCCUAUUCUAUUUAAAGUUUGCAAAUUCAGAUUAAAUUGGCUUCAAUCUUGCAUUUUAUAAUUUAGUCCCAAAUGACUGUUUUGUCAGAUCUAACUUCCAUCUGAAAUGGUACCCCUGUAUCUUUGAUAUUAGUGGCUCUCUAAGAAUCUUGGUUUUCUCUUUUUGUCAAAUAUUCAAUUCUUUGUAAAGCCCAAGUAGUCUGGAAUUGAUUAUUGCUCUUGUACCUAGAAGGAACUUCUGGCACAUUUUCUCUCCCUUCUGAAUGGGAUGCAAGAAAAAACUGCCCAAAAGAUGUGUUAGAAUUUUAUAUAUAUUUAAGAAAAAAACAAAAUUGUCCUUGUCUGUAGUCUCAGUCAUCUCUGUAUCUUGGCCUUUUUUAAUUGGUGUGCUUAAUCUUGUUUUUGAACUUUUAUUUCCUUUCAAAUUCAUACUUUCUCUUCCCUAUAAUCCUCAAAUGUUUUGAAGUCCAGAUUAAUGCUCUUAACUCUUUCUAUCUGUUCCUUCAGAAAUGAAUUUAUUGCCUGUCUGUUGACUUAUAAUUUGUCUUUAAAACUCAGCCUCCUAAACAGCCAGUUUUUUUUUGUUUGUUCGUUCAGAAUGGUAAAUAUCACAAUGAAAGUCAUUGGUCUGAAACUUGAAGAUAGCAUCCAUGUACAUUCAUUAUAAAACAAUUGAUUACCACUUUCAUUCCUAAAGCCACUUGGGUCUCCAACAUUUUGGAGUGCGUGACGAUGUAUACAACCAAUUUUUUGAAAACGUUAAUCCAAAAGAUUCCACAAUUUUGUUUAAACUUCAUAUUUGUCUAACUUGCUUGGAGACUCAUUCUACUACAUACUAUAUAGUGUAAGGCCUAAAGUGUGUGUGUGUUUUAAUCAGAUGUAUGAAAGAAAUACCUGAUCUGAAAGUCAAAUAUGUAUUUGAAUAUCCAGAUCAGUGUUGAGGUCAGUCAAGGUGAAGGCUCAAAAGAAUUGGGGAUGCACUCCCAACUGCAGAGGACCAGAAAAGUCUUGCUUCUGAAGUGUCUUGACGUACAAUGUAAGAAGCAUUAUGGGCCAUCCGUGCACCAGUGGGUAGUGUGGAUUGUUGGUUGUUUAUAAUGCAGAAGGGAGUUGUAUACGAUAAGACAGUUGAGGGUCAUCUGUGAAGGUUCCUUUUUAAAAAAAAUCAUGUUUUUUAUUGUUUUCUACCAUUUCAAAGAAAACAAUUUGUAUUUGGGUGUUGACAAACUUUAACCAUCCAGCUAUGAAAUGUUUUAAUGAAAAUAUCUUGUUAUAGUAAAUGACAAAAUGGUUGAACAUUAUUAAAGUUAUUUGAAAUGAA